AUGGCAGACAGCACUAGCAGCGACUCGUCGCCACAGGUGGAGAAGGGCUGGCCUGCCUUGAAGCAACACAUCAUAGAAAAUAAAAUUAAGUUCGGACUGUGGCUCACGAGAGUGGUCACCCUCGUAUUCACCAUCGGUUACAUCAUUCCCAUAUUCGGCAACCCUUACAAUAUAUACUACAAGAUACUGAUGAACAAUGCAGCGACCAGCGCGCUACGCCUUCACCAGAGGGUGCCCCGUGUUCAGCUCACUAGGCAGUUCCUAGAAACGCUGCUGUUGGAGGAUUCGUGCCAUUAUCUGCUCUAUUCCCUGAUAUUUUUGUACGUGGCGCCGGUCACGCUGGUGCUCACGCCAGUGUUUCUCUUUGCCCUGAUGCACAUGGCGAGCUAUUCUCUCACGUUGCUAGAUUGCCUAGGGCAAAACAGUUGGUGGGGCGCUCGUCUUCUGAUAUCCCUGGUGGAAUUCCAGUCGCGGAAUAUCCUUCGCCUGUGCGCCUUGUCGGAGAUCAUCAAUCUGCCGUUCACCGUCCUCCUCGUGUUCACAGGACGCGCCGGUCUGUUGACUCCCCUCAUCUACUACCAGUUCCUGAAGCUGCGCCUCGCGUCGCAGAGGAACCCGUUUACGCGCAACGUGUUCUACGAGCUCCGCAACGGACUGAGUUCGGUGUCGAAGAAGCCGGCGGUGCCGGACAUCGUACGCAGGAUGAUCGACGCUCUGCUCUCGCUCACUCAACAAAUGGCACCCGUCCGCCAAUAAUAUCCAUGAUAUUAAAUUCGAAUUCUGUCUUUCUCUCUCUCUCUCUCUCUCUUUCUCAUGUUGUCUCAAGACCAGAUCUCCUAGGGUUCUAGGGUCCACUCAGCGACACCUUCAUGAAUUAGCGUUAGGUACGCGAGAUCAGUGCCGACAUCAAAAUCCAUAAUGAAUGUACAUUAUGCAAUGAUUUUCGAAACAUCCCCCGCGGAAGCAAUCAAAGCAGGAACGUUUUCUUACAUCAGUAAUUACGCUCGUUUACUACUGAAUGUUACGUAAGACCAUAGUGAUAUUUCAUACUAAUUGUCACCGUUGUCACGUGAAUCUUACGACUCAAGAAUUUUAUCUUUAUAUAAAUGGGUUUAUCACGUUCGGUAUUUCAUUAUUUUGUAUUAUUCUGAAUAAUAAGACUUGAGGUAAAAAAGUAUAAUGAUGCACAUAUAGAUAUUAACUGUGAAUAGUUUUAAAAGUAAUUUUCUGAAAACAAAUAGAUUUGUAACAACUAGGUAACGGAGUUCAUGGUGCGGUUUAUGUGGCAGUUCGGGUUUCUUAAUUUUUUUUAACUUGAUUUUACUCUGCACGGUAUUGCGGUAUUACUACAUAUAUAUAUAUAUACAUAUAAUUACUUAGUAAAUAAGUUGUAAAAUUAUCAUCUCUGUGUUGUACAAUGGUCAAAUUCUUCGAAAUAAGCUUAAUUUAAUGCUUACAUAUUAUGUACGUUAUAAUCUAGUUUUUGUUUUUUUUCUGGUGGAAGAUCGUCUGUUCUUAUUUAACUUGUGUAACUUCACUUAGAAUUUAUUCGGUUAUUAAAACAUUGGCGAUUUCUAAAGGUACUUCGAAAUAGGAUUUUUGAAUAAAGUUGUGUAGCGAAUAAUAAAAAAAAAACCAACCGUGGUCAAUAAGUCUUUUUAAAAAUAAAGUAUCAGAAUGU